AUGAACCUCCUGCCUACGUUAAAGAAUUAUGGCGUGAACUCCAUUUUGAUGGAGUACGAAGAUAUGUUUCCUUAUGAAGGGAAUCUCGCUAAUUUAAGCUCCGAAAUAGCUUAUACGAAAACAGAGCUCACGGACUUUUUGUUGGAAGCGAAAAAACUGGACAUUGAAGUGAUACCAUUGAUCCAAACAUUUGGUCAUAUGGAAUUUGUGCUCAAAUUGGCAGAAUUUAGUGUACACAGAGAACUGCCAUACAACCCUGGUGAAAUAUGCCCCAGCCAACCAGGCAGCUUGGAAUUAAUACGAAACAUGUUGAGUCAGCCGAUAAAAUACAUUCACAUCGGUUGCGAUGAAGUCUAUAACAUAAAUGAUUGUCCGAACUGCAUAAGAAGGAACUUGAAGAACCAUCAAAUAUACUACAAACAUCUGAUAAAUGUAAAAAAUAUAGUAAACGAUCUAAGCCCAAAUACCAAAGUUCUGUUCUGGUCGGAAUUCAACUAUUCCCAAAAGCGAAUCAACUUGAAAUAUGAAUUGGAGGAUUAUAAACAUGAAUUGAAUGAUUUGGAGCCGAUAGAUUGGGAGUACGUCGGCGAGAGGGUCAAUUCGGCCCGUCUUUAUCGAAUGCACGAGGUUUUCAACCGCGUUUGGUUCGCUACAGCUUUUAAAGGAGCUGAUGAUGUGCAUGGGAAGGAACCAGAUAUCAUGAAGCGGUACUUAAACCAUAUACAUUGGUUGAAUCAAGUUCUAACUUAUAAACCACCUAAAUAUAAUGUCAAGAUCAACGGUAUAGUCCUAACAGGAUGGUCCAGGGUAUACUUGCCGUUUGGUCCCAUUGUCAUGAGGUCAGGAUCUGAUGAUGGAAUCCUGGAGAAACCGAGGGGAACUUUCGAAAAUUGUAGGGGCGAGUAG